GGGUGGUCGAGCGCGCGCACGGUGAGACGCAGCAGCACCAGUGGAAACACACCCGUCAGCGGCGCGCAGAGGGAAAAAAAAAUAGAAAGAACGGAAGAGAGCGCGGACAAAGGAAACAUGGACGCAUCCAAGGAAUAUCCGCGCACAUCUGAAACGGCGUUUACGAGCAGAAGCGUCGCGCACAUGAGCGCGGAAAACAACAACUAGCCCCACGUUGAUGCCGCGGAGGGAGGCGCGAUAUACUGCAGAUGAAAAAGACGGAGAGCUGCUUCUAAUCCGCCUGCGGAUCCCAUGAUCUUGCGAUGGCUCUCGCGGGGAAAUGUAACUGCCCGGGGAGAAACGUGCCUAUUUCGUUUUUGGUGAUCCUAUGCUGUGGCCUUGCACUCGGACAAAUCCGAUAUUCCAUUCCGGAGGAGCUGGACAACGGGGCGAUUGUAGGUGACAUUGUGCAGGAUCUGGGGCUGGACAUCAGAAAGCUCCCCGCCCGCAAGAUCAAGGUAACGUCUGAUGGAGGCAAACGGUACGUGGACGUGAACCCAAAGAACGGAAAGCUGUUCGUGAACGAGAGAAUCGACAGGGAGGCGUUGUGCGACGCGAGCAGCUGCGUUUUGAAUCUCGAGGCGCGUCUGGAAAACCCCUCCGAGGCGCACAGCGUCGAGGUGGAGGUGGUGGACGCGAAUGACAACGCGCCCCAGUUCCCCAGGGACGAGUACCAGCUGGAAAUCAGCGAGUCUGAGAUCCCGGGAGCGCGCUAUCCCAUCGAGCACGCGCAGGAUCCGGACGCUGGCACCAAUUCAGUCCGGGUUUACCGGCUCAGUCCGAACGAGCAUUUCGCGCUCGACUCCAACAAGCCGGCGUCUAACAGCAAGCACAUCGAGCUCGUGCUCAAAAAGCCGCUGGAUCGCGAGCAAACGCCGCAUCAUCAGCUGAUCCUGACGGCGACGGAUGGCGGCACGCCGGCCCUUACCGGAAGCACCACGAUCAACGUGCGCGUUCUGGACUCGAACGACAACAACCCGGUGUUUGAUAGCUCCGUGUAUAAAGUGAAACUGCUCGAAAAUUCGCCUAAGGACACGCUCGUGAUUAAAUUGAACGCCACCGAUCAAGACGAGGGCACUAAUGGAGAGGUAUUUUAUUCAUUCAGCAGCUACACCCCUGAACGGGUCAGGCAGAUGUUCAGCAUGGACACCAACACUGGAGAAAUCCGCGUCAGGAGCAACGUGGACUAUGAGGACACCAACUCAUAUGAAAUGUAUAUCCAAGCCAUGGACAAAGGGCCAGCUGCAGUUGCAGCCCACUGCAAAGUGGUGGUGGAGGUGGUGGAUGUUAACGACAACGUUCCGGAGAUUGUGCUCUCUUCUUUGUCGAGCCCGGUGCGAGAAGAUGCCCGUGCUGACACCGUGGUGGCCUUGAUCAGCGUCACGGACCGGGACUCCGGCCCAAACAAGCAGGUAUCCCUGGAGAUCCCACCUGGCCUCCCUUUCAAAAUCAAGUCUUUCAGGAACUACUACACGCUAGUGACCUCUGCCUUCUUGGAUCGCGAGACCGUAUCAGCCUAUAACGUCACCCUCAGUGCCACUGAUGGUGGCACCCCUCCCCUCUCCUCCCAGAAGACCAUUCAGAUAGAUGUGGCAGAUGUUAAUGACAACCCACCACGCUUCGAGCAGACGUCUUACACUGUGUAUGUAAUGGAGAACAACGCACCUGGAGCAUCUCUUUGCACCGUCAAGGCUCAGGAUGCAGAUGUGAACGAGAACGCCCGCAUCACCUACACUGUCCUGAAUGACAACAACCAUGGCAUUCCCGUCACUUCCUAUGUGUCGAUCAAGCCAGACACAGGUGUGGCCUAUGCCCUCCGUUCCUUCGAUUACGAGUCUCUGCGAGAAUUUCACUUCCAGGUAAAAGCUCAGGAUGGUGGCAUUCCACCUCUUAGUCGUGUAGCCACAGUCUACAUCUACGUGAUGGACCAAAACGACCACCCACCAGAGAUUGUGAGCCCUCCAGCUAAUGGGACACGUUCUACAGAAACGGUGCUGAAGAAUGCCGAAGCAGGUGCACUAGUUAGCAAGGUGGUAGCCUAUGAUGCGGAUGCUGGGCAGAAUGCCUGGCUUAUCUAUGUGCUGGACCAGUCCACUGAUCCUGACCUGUUCAAAGUGCAUGAACACACCGGGGAGAUUCGCACCACGCGCCGGGUCCUGGAAGACAACUCCACCUCAUUCAGUCUCACCGUGCUUGUGAAGGACCAUGGUGAGCCACCACUGUCUUCCACUGCCACAAUCAACAUUGCAGUGAUGGAGGUCCCUCCCAAGGUCACGCCAGACCCCAAGAGGAUCAUCAGGCCCUCACAGCACGCUGGUUUCUCCAAUGUAACCCUCUACCUGAUUGUAGCACUCAGCGCCACCACCUUUGUCUUCCUGGUCACUGUGGUGGUCCUGGCCAUCGUGCGUUGCCAUGCCUACUGCACUCAGCCUGGUUCAUGUUCGCCCUGCUGCGUAUCACAGAAGAGCUCGCAGGAGGGUGGUUCUGGAGGAGGUGGCGGUGGAGGGUCUCAACCCAACAACAAUGUGGUUCUCCGCCGUGAUCUCAAAGUUGAACCACACUACAUUGAGGUCCGUGGAAAUGGCUCUCUGACCAAAACCUACUGCUACAAAACCUGUCUGACUGCCACAUCCGGCAGCGACACGUUCAUGUUCUACAACACAGGUCGGCCCAUAAGCGGCACCUGGGGCUCGGAGCGCUUCUUCACGGGCGGCAGCGGCUUUGUGCGCAGACUCAGCAUGCCAGAUGCAGCACUACAGCCCAAGGGACCGAAUGCUGACUGGCGGUACUCUGCAUCUCUGAGGGCAGGAGUGCAAAGUUCUGUUCACAUGGAAGAGUCCUCAGCAGUGAUGCAGGGAGCGCAGGGCGUGCUGGUGCAGAACUGGCCAACCGUGUCCAGUGCUGCAGAUGGUGAAGGUGAGGGACAACUCUCUCCUCCUGUCGGAGCUGGGAUCAACAGUAACAGCUGGAGCUUCCGUUAUGGGGCAGGUCCAGGUUACGGCCCCCCACCGGCCCUAAAGCCAGGGGAGAUCCCUCCUGAAGCCUUUAUCAUCCCUGGCUCCCCUGCCAUCAUCUCCAUCCGCCAAGAUCCAGGAGCCUUGGAUGACAAGGGCGACUUCAUCACCUUCGGCAAGAAAGAGGAGGCCAAGAAGAAGAAAAAGAAGAAGAAGGACAAGAAGGACAAGAAGGAGAAAGGAAAAGACGAUGGAGAAGAGUAGAGGAGAAAGGGCUGUGUCAGAAGGAGCUUUCAACUGAAGUUGGUAGCUAAAACUCACAGAAAGAGAAAAACCAAAAAAGAGAAAAAAAUGUGAGUAUAGAGAGGAGAGCCUUUUAAAGCCUAGCUCUCAAUAUGGGAAGCCCUGUCCAGUGCUGACCAGAAGAGACCCUUCUCUCUGUACCCAUCUACAAAUUAUGCCCUGCGUGUAUGUUGUAAGGGCUACCAGGAGGCAUUAAUUGGCUAUCACACUAUUUAGGUAUGCAUCUUAGAUGAACGAUUCUCAGUCCACAUGUUUCUAAGAAGCUGGUAGCAAUCUAAAACCCAUCAGAAGUCAGGGCAGUGUGCAUUAUGAACCAUGAUCACAUACCCUCCAUAAAUCCAAAGGUCUAAAAUACAUGAGGAGCCUCUUAUUCCUCAUGCCUUCCUCACAACCAGGACUCUAAAGAGGAGAAAACGAAGGCAUGAUCUUCAGAAUGAUUUGAAAUGCAUCAAGAAAUUUGUAUUUAAACUAGGCACAAAAAGUGUCUGUGUAAAAUAUGAUGAUCUGGUCAGAAAUAUCUCUGUGUGAGAUCGAAGCUGAUCAAACUAAACCACUUCAGGGGUAGAACAGUAGCAGUGUGUUAUGCUUAUAGUGCUCACAGAGCCCCCUGCUGACUCACAUGGACAAGAGCGCUUCAGUCUGUGCUGCAGAGAAACACAGGUUAAAGAAUACCGUUCAAAGUGAUGCGUACAGACAAAAGUUUAGAUACACAAAGACACGGACACGAACAGGAUGGUGCAAAAGUCAGAGACCAUGCGCUUAUUUAUUUUAUUUCCAGUUUCCACUUAAUGGCUUAAUUUCUAGCUGUUGUGUACAGGUUAUAUAUUUUUCUGACUGCAGCCUAUAUAUAUAUUCCACCCCACGACCCUGGAGGAUAAGCGGAUUGGAUGAGUGUAUGUGUGUGUAUACUGCAAUAGUGUAUAUUGUAAUUUUAGGCUGUUUCUUUUGGUCCAUUGAUCUUGAAAUUUAAAGACAAUACAAAGGACAGUAGACUUUUUCAAAUUAUGUAAAAAAAAAGUGAUAUAUAUAUAUUCAAAAAACAAGUAUCUCCAAAAUAGUAACUCUACAGGAGAGGGUAAAAACUUUUAAUGUAAGUUAACGGAAAAAGAAAUUAUUCUCAGCCAUUUUGGAUCAUUUCUGUUGGUCCAAUCAUCACGAAAUAUGGAUAGUAUUGUUUCGUUGAAGGGGAACACAAUGUCAGUGCCCCCAUUUGGGAACACAUUUUGAGAACUCACUAGUUACUAGACUGAAAAGACAGACGAGUUAAAGUGGCAGGAAGAUGCACAGAAGCAGAGUGGACAAAAUGGACAAAUUAAAUACUGUUGGUCUGAUAUCAUACUUGUGUGUAUAUUAUGUUAAAUAUGUCUCUUGCUUUUUCCCUUACGCUGAAAAAAGAAUACUUUUUACUUAGUAGCUCUUUUGACUGGAAACCAAAUAAAAGGCUUGUCUCUGACUUGCACUGGAAACAUGCAAACCCCAUAUGUUCCAUAUGCUUCUUUCAUGCUAGACCCAAUAUAGUAGAAUACAUUCCAGUACAGUAGAGCCAGUGUGGACCCCCAUACGCAGUCUGUCCAUACAUUGUAUAGCUACAUCAAAGCCAGCACAGGAUUGAGGUGCUGCAGCCUCUUGGGAGUCUGUAAUAUAGGCAGGAAUGGUGCUUGUUGCUUCAUGUCAAAUCAAGCCUGAUCCCUUUGCCUCUGUUUUGAAUGUUCGGUAGUUGUUCUUUAAGCUCUCUCCCUCUCCCUGCUGACUCUUUGCCUUUCAAUGCUUGUAAGAUUUGCUCAUUUGUCCCUCUCACUCGUAGCUGUCCACUGGGGGACCGCAGCCAAAACUGCCCCCUAGUGACUAUACUGCAUACCAUGGCAGGAUGGACUGAAUCAGAGACCUGUACGUUCUCUUACCUGUAACCCCCUCACUUCAACUGAGCCUCAGCACUGUUACUGGAACUCCCAGCUCCAAAACUCUUCCCCAGGGAAUAUACGCAAGCAUAUGUGCCAUUUCUUUCCAUCCACAAGCAAGUGGGCUAACAACAGGAUGUGGGCAACAGAGACUUUCUCUUUUGUGGAGGUAAAGAGUUAUGUAGAUAGACCUAUAUUUUCAAUUUAAUUCAAGGAGCUUGAUUUGGAAUACAGGGUGAUCCAUAUAUGACAUAUAUAAGGCUAGUUACAGAAGUGUCUGUAAAACGGAGAGAUUAAGGACUGAUGCAGCAUUUCUUCUUUUAGUUGUCUACAAUACAACACUUUACUGAAGGGUGCCAUUCAUAAUGCUACACAACUGCAUAAGCCUUUCAUAAUAACCGACAUACACCUAUACAGCCAUUUAUAAAGGCUUAUUCCAACAAGCAUUCGAAUUGGUGACAACAGAACUGACUUUGUAUGAAAACCAACAGCCUUUAUAAAUGUUUCUGUAGGUUAAUGUCAGUUGUCAUGUAGGCGUCAUGUAGACUUACAAAUGUUGAGUUAAACAAUAGCAGUGAGCACUGAUAGCUGUUCAUUCAGGCCAUCCAAACCACAAGAAGGUUUAACGUCUGUAAGGUUUGCUUUUCUCGUUCUAGAGUGUUUCGCCACCCCUCUGUUUUUAUUUCCCCUUCUUUCUUUUGGCUGUAGGACUAUUAUUCAAGGUAUGGGAGAGACGUUAGCGCUGCUAUAAGACUGCAUUCGCACCACACACAUGCAAACACACAUCACACACACUCACAGCCUCCUUCAGGUGUGGUUUAGUGCUGUCAGAUCACUAAGUGGCUGUUUGCAUGUAAUACGCAGAAGAAACAGAAACUAUAUAUAGAUAUAUAUAGAUAGAUAUGUUUUUCAUAAUUAUUUUCAACCAUUUCUUCUCGAACCGGAGACGUGUAUUGUCUCCUCUGAAGUACUUAGACAUAUUUCUAAUUAUUCAUUCAGUUUCUAAUGUACAAGCACAUACAUACAUACAGAUAUACCAAUAUACACUUUGCAGACAUGCGAACACCCAGAAAUGACAUUAACCAUAACAUUCUAGAUAUAUGUAAUGAUGUAGUGUUAUGCUCUGACUUUUUUA